UAAUUAUAGAGGAGAAUGUACAGAAAUGAAAGAUGAUGAAAAAGAGGGAGAGAAAGCAACGUCUUAUGGCCCAAUGGCGUGUCUUGGUUGCCCCAUGAUGUGAACUUCAUGUUCCUCCUCUCCCUUACCUUGCUUCCCGGCCCCCCUAUUUCUACUUGCCUGCCUUCCUUACCAACAAACAUACACAUCCAUCUCAACGAUAUGUCCAGUGAGAGAGGGAAGGAUAUAGCCGAAGGAUCAUCCUUGAUUGCCGAUCACCACCAACCCCCAUCACCUAGCCGAUAUGAGUCCCAGAAGAGAAGGGACUGGAAUACUUUCGGUCAGUACUUGAAGAACCAGCGGCCUCCGGUUCCUCUUUCACAGUGCAAUUCCAACCAUGUCUUAGACUUCCUGCGAUAUCUGGAUCAGUUCGGGAAGACCAAGGUUCACCUCCAAGGUUGCAUGUUCUACGGACAGCCUGAACCACCUGCUCCUUGCACUUGCCCCCUUAGGCAAGCUUGGGGCAGCCUUGAUGCUCUUAUUGGGAGGCUUCGAGCUGCCUAUGAAGAAAAUGGAGGGUCACCUGAGUCCAACCCUUUUGCCACCGGUGCUAUUCGAGUUUAUCUAAGAGAGGUGAGGGAAAGUCAAGCCAAGGCAAGGGGGAUCCCUUACAAGAAGCAAAAGAAAAAGCCCAAGCAAGACAAACCAAGCGAUGAAUCCAGCUCCACCCUCUUCUUCUCUUGAUUCUUUUUCUUUCUUUUCGAAUUUAGGGUUUAGAGUCUUAUCCCUCACUCACUGCUCGCAGUGUUUCAAUAUAUACAUGGUAUUUUUAUUUUUGCUUCUCUAUUUCCUUUAAGUACUAGUUUCACUUUGAAUUAAUGUUAGAUCCAGCACUGCUAUUGUUUUA